AUGAGUCUGCGAGAAAAGACCAAACUUGAUCCAAAUGAAGAGGAUUCAACAACCACCGUGACUGAAUCUGACAAGAGCAAUGGUUCGGAUCAGCGUGAGGAUGAUACAGAAACCUCAUCCACCAUUUCAAAAGAAAAUUUUCAAAGUAAUGGUGGUGAUGAUGAAAAAUUUCCAUUCCAAAGAAGUGAUGAUGCCAUGCUCGCGGAUUAUGUACGAAAAAAAGCAAUUGCAAAUAUUGAAGAAAAGAGAAAAUUAUAUAUUGAUUAUAAGAAAGAACAAAAAGGAAGAAUGAUUUCUUUUUUAACAUCAAUUUUGACGGAUCCUGUCUCUCCAAUAUUUAAUCAAGUCUUGAAACAAUACUUAAAGCCAAUCAAUUUUUCCAUCUUUGAAGGAGUGGAGGCCGAGAAGAUCAAGAAUUUAAUUACAUCCGAAGAAGAGAUUGAGAAAUUGAGAAAAUCUAUCGAAGGAACUCCUUCAAAUAUUUUUGAAGAUGAGAAAAGAAGACAUGACAUAUCAGAGCAGGACGAAUUUUCAGGCUUCCCAGCAAUAACCAAAGAAAAAGAAUCGAAAUAA